GGGUAGGGUGUAGGUUGAGGCAGACAGCUGGGGUUGGGUUGUAGGGUGGCCCUUUGGUUCGUUGCCUGCCGGCUGGGCGGAAUUGUGUCCGUGGGACGCACCAACCCGGAAGCAGGCUGCGGUUCAAGAUGGCGGAGACUCACUGCUUGCAGGACCUGAGGCAGAACACAGCAUUGGCAUCCAAAGUCUUCAUUCAAAGGGAUUACUCCAGUGGGACAGUGUGCCAGUUUCAAACUAAAUUCCCUUGUGAACUGGAAUCCAGGAUUGACAGACAGCAAUUUGAAGAAACUAUCAGAGUACUAAACAAUCUUUAUGCGGAGGCUGAGAAGGUGGGGGGACAGUCCUACUUAGAGGGCUGCUUGGCAUGCUUGACUGCAUACACCAUCUUCUUGUGCAUGGAAACUCAUUAUGAAAAGGUGUUGAAAAAGAUCGCUAAAUACAUCCAGGAACAGAAUGAGAAGAUCUAUGCACCACGAGGUCUUGUCAUAGUCGAUCCAAUUGAAAGAGGGUUGAGAGUUAUCGAGAUCUCCAUUUAUGAAGAUCGAAGUUUUAGUAGUGGAAGAUGAACUGGAUUGAGUGAGUGGGACCAAGGCAGCGAAGGCUAUGGACCAUUUCUCCUGGGUAUCAAUACUGCACCGAGCAUUUACCCUACCUCAUCUCUGGGCUACCAUUCCACAAACUCUUGAGGACCCUGGUUCCACCUGAAAGUUGAUUGUGAUGUGCUUUAACCUCGAUAUAUACCACAAUAGCGGGAGGGGGGAAGCAAAUAGCUAUAUUGAUUAAUACUUUUCUUCAUUGAUCUUUUAGUAAAAAUUUAAAAUUAACUUCCAGAUAUACUAAAGAGAAACAAAUGAGGUGUUCGUAUGAUGGUGAUGCUGUCUGGUGGUGUAACCUCCUGGCUCUCUGAAGCCUCUGAAUUUUCUGUAACGCUAAUUGAAGACGUUCUUUGCUGGUGUGCUUGCACGUAAUGUUGUUAACCCUAAGAGUACUCACAGCUUACAAAACCUCAGUUAAAACUAACAGUAGGUUAUGCUGGCUUCUGAGAAGCCGCUUCCAUUUAGGUUAGUGGGAAGCUUGCUUCCAGGUAUAGGACAGUACUAUCUAAUGAGGAAGUCCCACAAUACGAUGACUAAUUGCAGCAGAUGCACUGCUAAACUUAUGCAGUGAUACUAAACUGUGAGGUUAAAACUGACUAGGGUUCUUGCUCCACGUCCAGCAAAAUUCCUGUCCAAUCUGUGUGUAGAAGCUUGGGAGUGAAUCAGGCAUUGUAUCUCCUGCCAGCAAUUACUACUGAGCUCCUGUCAGUGAUUCUGUCGUCAAGCACAUUAAAUCCUUUAAGAAAGGAGAGUAGGGGAGGGGAAAAAUGAGGGUCAUGAACGAUAUAAAGACAGACUACCUGGAUAUGGUAGAAUGCUUCUAAUGCAAUGGUGACUAGAAAACCGGGAGAUUUGUUGGAAUGGUUUAAAUAGGAAAUGAUGUGGUUAGGAGUGCUUUAAUGGCUGGUGGAAGCCUUCAUGGGAUAUCUCUGCCAUGAAUUCUUUGGUGGUUGUACUCUGAGAAUGUGACUUCAGGAGUGGCUUUUGUUCGAAAUGCAGGUGACUCAGACUUUUUUAACUUCUGGGAAGCCUCUCAAUAAAAGUUUCACUAUUGGCAUAUCCAGCCCCGACACUCCCCAGUUACUGUAGAUAUGACUGCAAGAGGCCAUUUUAUUACCUCGUUGGAUAGCUGAUUAGAGAUACAAUGAAAGGAAAGGAUGGUUUUACAAAGAAGUGUUUUAAGGUUUUUGCACAUGUAAUUAAAGGUUGAAUGUUUCUGUAGCAAGCAGAAUCUUUUAUAAUUGUAUUUAUUCACCUGAAACAUUGCGUUGUACAUUUUUUACACUGAAACCGAUAUGGGGAGAGUGGUGCUAAACUGGUCUCUUGUUGCUAUUCUUUUUCCAUUUGCUUUUUCUUCCUCUUCACCUCCCCCUGCAACCCCUCCCCCCAGACCUGUCUCCCAGAAAACAUUUACCAUGUACAGACUGGAAACCAGAAUCUGAAAACGCCCAAAACAAAAUGGGUUGUGGCAUCCAUUGGCUGCAUUCUUGUAAUAGAAAGUUAAUCUGCACAACUACGUUAGUGCAUUUUAAAGGUCUUCGAAGGAGCAUUGAGUACUCUUAGUGGUUAAUAACUUACCAGUGCUCUGUCACCACUUAGCUUUUGGCUACUUGAGCUUAUUCCCUAGGGGAGUCUUGUGGCUCAGUUAGUUAGCUGAAGUAAAUUUUUGCUUAGUUGUGGUCCUCUUGUAACUUGCAAUAUAGAAGUGUAAUUUGUGACACUAAUCUGCAGAGUUUCUAAAUACCUUUGAUAUUUGUAAACCUUUUUUUAGUCUUACAGUUUUUGAAGAAAAUAUCACAUAUCAAACAUUUUAACUGUGUUCACUGUUGCUUAGACUGUUUUUGCCUUUUUGAAAAGUCUGAAGAAAAAAAACACAAAGCCUGACCUUGAUCCCGGGAAAAUAAUUUGAACAGAGUCCAAGACAAUUGGGUGUCAAUCAUGUCUGACACUAAAUCUGACCUUGUCUGACCUGCAGAACGCAAAAGGGAAGGCAUUUUGAGUUGUGCAGUGGAGUAGAACGAGCAGAACAUUGACCUUUUCAGUUUCCCAAACCUGGGUUUCAAUCCAGCUCAGACUGGUGGACUGAGAGCCCCUUCACAACUGUGAAGGGGAGUCUGAGUAAGGUGGAGAGUAGGGGGAUGGUGUCAAGUAAGUUCCCAGUGGACACGUCCAUAACACAAAACUGCCUGUAGUAUGACUGGCACUAAUUGGGCAAUCUCACUCUGAGGGGCCAGUGACAGGGUCAGUAGAAAUCAACAGGAGAUUUUUGCAGUUCAGUUUAACUCUUGCCGUGCAUGGUUUUCCACAUUCAUUUUAUUUCUAGAAACGUUACAACCUCUAAAAAGAUUAAAGAAUUAAAACUUCACUUUUCCACAAUGGUCUGUCUUAAAAUGGUUAAAUCCAGGUUAUGAAUUUGGUUUUGAUUCCAGUGAAAUUUUAGGUGUGAGGUGACCGAUGACUUCCCUCAACCCUGACAUUUUGUCACUGAAGUUGGCAGUAUCCAAGAUGUCAGAAAUGGUACUAAUCUGGGUUUUGGUUUGGCAAAUUGAAAAUUUUUUAACGUGCCUGUUGCAGGAAGGAAAGGGAUUCUCUGGGAGUCUGAGCUGUGUGGUGUAUUUGUCUUGCAGCUGACUCUGAAUGGAGGUGGUCUGGGAAGAUGCUCUCUCUCUGGAGAAACGGUGCGAGUUUCUUUUGCAGGUGCAUCAGACUGCUGUACCUUCCUUUACACUGGGAGCCUCUGGUGAUCUGAUAUGUUCCCGGAAGUAAUCUUGAUACCUUGUCAUUUGAAAAUGAGAGAAUAAUUAUCAUGUGACACAUUUAGCAUUUUGAGAUGGUGCUGUAUGAGAUGGCAGUUUUUAAACUAAGAUGCAUGUUCGGAAACCCAUGUGCAUAAGGCUAAUUUUUGUUGCUAAAUCUCCUGGAAGGAUGAAAUGGCACAGUUGAGAUGUGUGAGACCAAAUAAUGUGGAACUUUUUUUUAUUGCACCUCUGAUAUGCUUGGGUCUUCCAAUAAAACAUGCAGUGCAUGCCAGUGCUGACGUGGAACCCACUGAAUAAAUAAUUUCAGAUUUCUAGUAUGAGUUUCUCCCAAGGAGCAGAGUUUAUCAAAGGUAAAGGCAGAUAGGAACACAGAUAUCCAGAGGGCUUGCAAAUCAUUCUGCAGUGAAGUUGGGUGCAAACAAUGUAGUGACAUUAAGUUAUGCAAGUAGUUUCAUUCUAUCUGAUAAGUUGACAUUAUGGAGAAUAUUGGGUCGAACUAGGUGUGGGGUAGCAAUUUCUCUUUCCUAAUUGAGUAGUGGGUUUAAUUUUAAAACUCCCUUAAUUCUUGGUACUGUUCUUGUUCCUUCAAAACUGUAUUUUUUUAAUUGGCUUUAAAACUUACUGUGACCUGAUUUCAGUUAUACAGCCAAGUUGGGUGUGCAAAUUGUCUAUUUUUAUACCCAUGACCUGCCAGUCAAUGUGCCUAGAUUUCUAGAGUUGUUACAAAAACUGGUUUUGAAGUAGGGGGAUAACUUUUGUGGGUCUGAGUUAGUGUUGAUGUGGUAGUACUAAGACAAGAUAAAGGGUCCUUUUCUCUUUUUUGCAACAAAAAAAGGAUGCCUCCAUCAAAAAAAAAUCUACCUGUUAAUACAAACCAAUCAUUAAUACCACCCCAAUUAAGAGUUUAGAAUGAUUUGUGAAUGAAAACCACUGCUCAGGUCUUUUGACAAUUAUUCUGACAGGUGAAAUUAGUGCAGCAGCCUCUGAGACCUUGUAAAAUUCAUAACAUUGUUUAUAUGGUGUGCCUAUCUCUUAAGAUGCUUUUGAUUCUAUUUUAUUACUGUAUGCUUGUUGCACGUUUUUUUUUUAAAGACCUGUCCUUUGAUACAAAUUCACUUGUGAAUAUAUUAGUUUCUGUUUUCUAUCUUUGCUGAUUUUAAAAAUAAAACGCUUC